GGAAGCGAAAGCAACUCGUCCUCUUCCGAGUGGGGUCACGAUACCGCCGGCGGGAUCCGGGUUUCCGUGAGUGAGGGCUGCUCGGCGGGUUAGGGUGGCCACCGGCUGGAGCCAUGACCUCGAACCUGCGCACCGCGCUCAUUUUCGGCGGCUUCAUCUCCCUGAUCGGCGCCGCCUUCUACCCCAUCUACUUCCGGCCCCUAAUGCGGCUGGAGGAAUACCAGAAGGAACAAGCCAUAAAUCGAGCUGGUAUUGUCCAAGAAGACGUGCAGCCACCAGGGUUAAAAGUGUGGUCGGACCCAUUUGGCAGGAAAUGAAAAGGCUAUCACCACCUCUGAUUAUGAAAGUAGACAGUCUUCAUGCUUUCAGUUCUGCAGCAAGUACAAUAAAUCACCUGGCUAAAGAACAAUGUCUGGAGAAGAAAGCUCUAGAAGGCUGUAAAGAAGAGUAGUGUGCACCAGGAUUAAUUCCCUUCUUCAGUAUCAAAAGAACCCUGAAACAAAUCACACCAUUACGAAGGUUUUCAUGAUUUGGUUUCCUUUCUAAAAAUGAAGCUUUCUCACCCAGCUGCAUUUGGAGGUGAUCUGCUUAUUAUUCAAUCUCUACCUCUUACCCACCUGAGCUGUGAUAUGAAUACAAGCAACCAGUAGACUUGGGAAGAUCCUAGUCUGUUUUGCCAUCUUCCAAAUAAGAAGUUUCAGCGAAAAACCACCAUAUUGAGCAGCCUCAUAGGGCUCUCUGAAAAUGUUAAAGUUGAUUAAACUCUGAGGACAAGGUACAUUGUACUCUUUAAGAAUAAAGAAUUCAACUCAACUGUCUCAUUGGGAGGGUUGCUGCAUUUUGAAAAAUAAGUAACUAUGAAGCAAAUCAAACUAAAUGGGUAUGCAUGCCUAGUAGAAAUCAUGUUGAAUUAACUGAGUGAAAAUAUGUAUAUUAAAAUGAUUUUCUUUUUACUUCACAA